AUGGAAGCUGAAAUCCUAGCCCUAUUGGAUGGCCUUCUUCUUGUACAGGAUUACGGAUUGGUGGUUUACCCUUUAAUCAUAAAAACAGACUCUCAAGUUCUUGUGGAUUUGAUCAAGCAACGGUCUAAAUUAUCUUGGGAAUUUUGGGCUCUCUUUCGUAAGAUUUUUUCUAUUCUCCAUAGUCUGGAGUACCGAAUUCAGCAUUCUUAUAGGGAAGGAAAUGCAGUUGCAGACUCUGGCCAACAAGGAGGAGUCUGUAACAAUGCUUCUCACACUCAUACUUUCCCUCUCACUCUCACUCUCAAUCUACAUAUGAGACAACUUUUACAGCGAGAUCAGCGAAAAAUUAAAUCGCUGCAGUCUAAGAUUAAAAAACAAAGGGAAUAUGAUGGUCACCUGUUUGUCUUCUCCUCAUCCACAGGAUCAAUGUCAAGGCCUUCGAGUCUGUGGAUUAUCUGCUGGCUCCCUCUCGCUGGAUAUUCAUCUUAUGCAUCGUCAAAACGAAGAGGCAUUUUGCUCUGCAGCAUUUUAUUGAACUCCAUGGCUGGAUAUUCAUCUUCUCCGCUGAAGCUUUGUGGUUCCCAGGAGGCUUUUAGUCAUACAAAGGGUUAUCAUCUGUCAUGCAGCCGUCUUAUCUGUAACCCAGCCGCCUUAUCAAUUGGAUCUCCUAGGUGCAGCUGGCUUAUCUCUAAUAGCUUAUCGAAUCCUAAUAAGGCCAUUCAGUUGCCUUAUUCGAUAAGCCCCUCCACUUCUCAUGGCCCAGCCCCUAAGACCCCCCAGCUUAAGACAACUAAUAUUUGCAGUUCAUCAGCUGCUUUUCCCGGUUGGUCUCAUCUCUCAGCUAAUGGUCGCAGCUCCUUUAAAGCAAUGUAUCCAGCUUAG